AUGCCUCCCCCCGCUCACUCAAGCAAGCCAAGUGUUGCAACGUCAGUCGAUACAUAUAUGAGCAAUGGCACUACGGAUGAUUUGAAGAGGUUUUCCGCAAAUACGGACCUCGAGGCUCAACAGAACCCAAGACGGUGUUUUGCGUCACUACGAUAUCUGAUCCUCACCAUCUACCGGCGUCUGUUUACGCUGGUAUAUUGCGGCAAUGCGGUCGCAUUCGUGUUCGUCAUGGUGGAGAGCCAACAGAAACUUCUGGCAUUUGUCAACGCAGCGGGCAUCAAUUUGCUAGUAUGCGGCCUCGCGCGACAUCCGUUAAUCGUAAAUGCCAUUUUUCUGUGUAUUUGUUGCAUCCCGCGGUCGGCUCCUCUCGUGAUGCGCAAGAUGGCUGCAAAAGCGUACCACUAUGGGGGAAUGCACAGUGGAUGUGGUGUGGCUGCUUUCUUGUGGUAUACGGGCCUGGUGGCUCUGAUAUCACGGGAAUAUUGGAUCUUUCGAGGUGUUGGGACGGUGUCCCUUGCUGUGGUGGUCCUAUCCUAUGUUUUACUCGCCGUCCUCAUUGCCAUCAUUGUGGUGGCGUACCCUACAUUCCGGACCAAGAGACAUGACUAUUUCGAGCUCAUCCACCGAUUCUGUGCCUGGUUGGCAGUGGCUCUGUUCCUGGCCCUCCUGUUGGUGUUCUCCAAUCAAGCCCGGCAAGAGCAGGGCUUGACACUCGGGCAGUACCUGAUCAGACUGCCGGCAUUUUGGUUUGUGCUGGUGAUCAUCGUCACCAUCGUCCAUCCCUGGCUUCUUCUGCGUCGGGUGAAAGUCUGGCCAGAGUAUCUAUCACCGCAUGCCGUCCGGCUCCACCUCGACCACACGUCAACUGCCUUCGGGAAAGUGAUUGCACUCUCGAAACAUCCGCUGCAGGAUUGGCAUAGCUUUGCCACCUUCCCCGAUCCCGAUGGCAAGAGCUUUUCGUGCCUGGUGUCCAAAGCAGGCGACUGGACGACCCGGUGCAUCAACCAGCAACCGACCCAACUGUGGAAGCGUGGAAUGCUGAUGUACGGCUUCAUCCACGUGAUGCGAGUUUUUCGCCGGGUGAUUGUCGUCACCACAGGGUCCGGGAUAGGGCCCUGUCUCUCAUUUUUAAGCGAGACGAACCGCCCCCCCCUGCGCAUCGUCUGGCAGACGCGCAACCCAAAUCGGACGUACGGCCGAGACGUCGUCAACCUAGUGCGGCAGCUGGAUCCCAACCCACUUGUGAUUGACACCAACAGCAGCGGGCGAGUGGACAUGGUACCCGUCGUUCAGGAGCUGAUCCAGGAAUUCGAGGCAGAGGCGGUCUGCGUGAUUAGCAAUCCAGUGCUCACGAAAAAAGUUGUCUUUGAACUCGAGGCAAGCGGAGUGCCCGCUUUUGGGCCCAUUUUCGACUCCUGA